ACAGAGUGUGCCCAAGCAUGCUGAGAAGGAGGUGUGGCGUUGUGCUAGACCUCCUUAAACUCAGAUGUCCAUGAUCCUGCUUCAGAGCUCGGGUUGGUGCGGUAAGAACAGAAACAGGCUGUCCUUGCUGGGCGGAUCAGACUUCUCACUCCAGCUGCGCAGACGGGACCACACAUUUCGGAACUCUUUAAAAGAAAAUCAACAAUUUUACUCGUAUUUUCAGCAUUCUAAGGUCGAGCUUCAGUAAAAGUCUUCUUUACGUAUUUCAAAAGUUCUCCACAAACGCAAGGAUGUUUUUUUUUUUUUAAAUGAUCAUCGCAUGUAAAAAUCUGAAUGGACGUUUAUGCCUCGGUGCUUCACAAGGACAUCUGAAUCCUCAAUGUGACCUCAAGGUUUCUUUAAGCUUGCAGGAGUUACGGAGAACAUUUGCUACAUUUAAACUAUAAUAAUGCAACAUCCUUUGGAGAUCGGGGCGCACUACUACCCCCCGGAAGCCCAUCCAGACCAAAGAUCUCACAGGUACAGGAGUUUCAUGAUUGAAGAGAUUCUUACAGAGCAUCCGGAUCACAAGAUAUCAAGUCCCACUGGAGACCUCCUCAAAUUUGGAGUACAUGCCCUUUUGUCCGCCAGACCAUACCACAGCCACUUAGUCCUGAAAGCAGAUCAGACCAGUAUCCUAAAGUUUCCAGUAUCUCCUCUGUCCUGCUCGCUCGGGGCGCCGUUGGGCUCUGCGCUUCUGGCCGGAGCUGCGGGUCUCCAGCUCGGCUCUUCAUCCCAUCAUCUCCCGCUGGACCUCCACCUUCGGGGUAAACUCGACCCUGGAGCUGAUUCAGUAAGCAAGACAAAGAAAGGAAGAAGAAGUAGGACUGUGUUUACAGAACUACAGCUGAUGGGCUUGGAAAAACGAUUUGAGAAGCAGAAGUAUCUCUCAACUCCUGACAGAAUAGACCUGGCAGAGUCUCUAGGCCUGAGUCAGCUUCAAGUCAAAACGUGGUAUCAAAACAGAAGAAUGAAAUGGAAGAAAGUCGUGUUGCAAGGAGGAGGACUAGAAUCUCCGACCAAACCCAAGGGUCGUCCAAAAAAGAACUCCAUCCCCAGCAGCGAGCAGCUGUCGGAGCAGGAGAGGAUACGAGACGCGGACCGCUUAUCCGACGGCGGUGCUUCUUCACUUUCUGAUGCAAACCAAGAGGAAUAAACGAGAACACGAUUGUCUCCGGGACGCAAACGGACCUAUAAUCGGCCUCUUUGGAUCAUUGUGCACCGAUGCCUUUAUGCUGGCACUUACAGACCUAACCACUUGGCCUGAUUUUAUACCACCUGUUUUGUCUGUUUGUUUGAUUACGCCAACUUCUGCGGGCCUCGAAAAGUCAAAGUGAACUUUUUUUCCAGGACCAGAGCGGUGGUUAGUGAACAGUCUUUCUCUCAGCAUUGAAGGCUGUGGUAUCAUGGACUUUUUUAUCGGCAUAUAUUGUGCUUUUUACGCU